CUGCCCUGGGGAUCUGUGCUGAUCAGUAGAGGGUUGGGAUUUGUUUAUUUGAUUGUAUUUAAUUGAUUCUUGUUGAGAACUUCUUUGUGCAUUUUAAGGACAUUAGCUGAGUACUCUACAUCAAUUCAGAAAGAAGUUAUCUGCAGAAAAUCAUAGCAAGACCUUAGGACUAAAGCGACUGGUUCUUUACAGUCCUGAAGGAGAUUCACUGAAGUGUAGCUUAGCUGCUAAGACUAGAACUUCAUUACGCUGGUGCAAUCAAUGCACUUUAGAAAGCUGCACUGAGUGCACGCCGAUUUAACAAAAAGGAAAAGAGAAUUAAUUUUGUGAUUGCAGCAUAUUCUGGUUUCCCGUGAAUGCAGGAGUGUCCUGUUCUGUACUGCAUCACUCACUGGUUCUGUCAUUUGCACUGAGCUGUAAAGAGCACACAGUGGAUACCUCUCAGCUGAUGCUACUUUGACAUCAUUCUGGAAUAACCUCCCCCCCCACCCCCCCAAAAAAAGAAAAGAGACAGCCUGUGAAUCCCAGUGAAUUGAAUUGAGUGUUGUUUCUCUUAGAGGGAGAGGAAGACAUUGGUAGUGUGUUUAGUCAAGAAUUGGGUUAUUUUAGCUGAAGUUUAACUGAUCAAGACAUGCAGGUCUCCAUCGCUUGUACAGAUCACAACUUAAAGGGUCGGAAUGGAGAUGACCGGCACAGCAAACAAAAUGCCACCAGCCCCAACGUGGUGAACGCAGCCAGGGCUAAAUUCAGAACAGUGGCUAUUAUUGCAAGAAGUUUUGGAGCAUUCGCUCCGAAGAAUCACAUUUCUCUAAAGGAGUCAACUGCAAAGCUGACAGGAAUGAAAUAUAGGAAUCUGGGGAAAUCAGGACUUAGAGUAUCGUGUUUGGGUCUCGGAACUUGGGUUACAUUUGGAGGUCAGAUUUCAGAUGAGGUGGCCGAACAGCUAAUGACAAUCGCGUAUGAAAACGGAGUCAAUCUUUUUGAUACAGCGGAGGUCUAUGCGGCUGGAAAAGCUGAGGUCAUAUUGGGGAAUAUCAUCAAGAAAAAAGGCUGGAGGAGGUCAAGUCUUGUGAUAACAACCAAGCUGUACUGGGGAGGAAAAGCUGAAACAGAGAGAGGUCUUUCCAGGAAACACAUUAUUGAAGGGUUAAAGGGCUCCCUCCAGAGACUGCAGCUCGAGUAUGUGGAUGUUGUCUUUGCAAAUCGACCAGACAAUAAUACCCCAAUGGAAGAGAUCGUCAGGGCAAUGACAUACGUGAUUAACCAGGGAAUGGCCAUGUACUGGGGAACGUCCCGAUGGACUGCAAUGGAGAUCAUGGAGGCCUACUCAGUGGCAAGGCAGUUCAAUAUGAUCCCGCCGGUGUGUGAACAGGCUGAGUAUCACCUUUUCCAAAGAGAGAAGGUCGAGGUACAGCUUCCAGAGCUCUACCACAAAAUAGGUGUUGGCGCAAUGACCUGGUCUCCUCUAGCCUGUGGGAUCAUCACUGGGAAGUAUGAAAAUGGAGUUCCCGAGACUUCGAGGGCUUCUAUUAAGUCCUACCAGUGGUUGAAAGAUAAAAUUGUAUGUGAUGAUGGGAGGAAACAGCAAGCUAAACUAAAGGAGCUUUCGCUGAUAGCAGAACAACUUGGCUGCACAUUACCCCAGUUGGCAGUAGCCUGGUGUCUCCGUAAUGAGGGUGUAAGCUCUGUCCUUCUGGGAACAUCCAAUCCAGAACAGCUUACAGAAAACCUUGGGGCUAUACAGGUACUUCCAAAGAUGACUUCUCACAUUGUAGGUGAUAUUGAUCAUAUAUUGGGGAACAAACCAUACACCAAGAAGGACUACAGAUCCUAAAGUGAGGGAAUGACAGCUGAUUAAAAAAAGAAAAAGUACCCAAUUCUACUCCGCCUGAUCAAUAUCUGAUCAUCGCAACUCCCAGCUAUCCUGUGCUCAGUCUGUACAAUACUGGGCUGCUAUAGGUGCAUGUUGUCUCUAAAAUAAAUGUGUGCCUAAAGUAUAAAAAGCACAUUUCAAAAGAUUAAAAAAAUAAUAAUAAUAAUCUAUAGAACAAGGAUAUUCUUGUAUUUUCUUAAAUCUAUAAACUUCUUAUACUGCAGUCAGCUUCUUUUCAUGCUUAUGCAAUGUAAAAUGUAAAGAUAUUUAACAGCAGAAAGGUUUCUUUGCUUUUGUAUACUGUAUCUAUGAAAAGAAUAUUUCCCUAGACGCUAUGGUAGGAUAGUAUUAGACACACCUGUUUUGAGGAUGUUAAUAAAACAGUGAAUCUGCUUUCCUGGCAGUGGAGGGAACGUUGAUUUACUGAUUGCUUCCCUCAAUGCAACAUUGUUAUUGCAAAAUAGAAGUUACAAUCAGGGAUAAAAUGGCAAUGAGAGAAGACAAUGGAAGAAAUUCAUUAAGCCUUUCAUCUAUUGCAGCAAGCUUCGUACAUCAUAGAUGCAGAAAAAAACAUAUGAAAAGCCAUGUCAUUUUAAUUCUAUUAAUAUUACGACUACUAAUAACGUGUGCCGAUACACAAGAUGAAACCAACCCAAUGUUUAGCCUGUGUAGAUUAGAAAUCUGCCUUGUUCUAGUAUGGUUUGCCUGCAAGCUGCAGUAUGGAUUUUAGUGCAGCAGUCAGAGUGUAGCAUCAAUAUUAAGAACCCAAAGACCAAUUUUACACAAAUGAAUGAAUAAUGCUUGUUUUCGGGCUUUAGGCUAAGCAGUACUGCAUGUUGAGGUAUGUAGACGGUUCCUGCAAAAAUCAUUUAAGGUUUCCUGUUAGAAUUAUUUUGAAUUUACUUCACCUACGGGAUAACUGAACCACUUCCUGCAGUAUUUAUCAUAUACCAUACAGUAGAAAUAUAAUUGUAUAUAAACUUUGUUCCGUAAUUCAAUACAGCAGCACAUCAAGCAAAAGUGGAUUUCAAGCGUUUUUUUGUAACCUUUGCUGUAUCCUGUGUUGUCACAUGCUUAAGUUAAAAUUGAGAAACGGGUUCCCUCCUAAUUUAUGACCCAUGAUGUGUGAAACAAAAAUAUAACAGCAAUGAAGAUUAUGUUGAAAUAAUGUGUCUCUGUGAUAUAGACAACACGGUUACAGCAAAGAUUAAAAAAUGCAUUUCUUGUAAACACUGCAGGAUGUUCUGUAACACUGUAAUAAAUACUUUCUCUUGUUGACUUGUGCUCAUUUAAAUACUUUAGCCAUAAAAAUUACCAUACUUGCCACAUUUACAGUUUUGGAGCAAAAAAAAAAAUGAGUAACAAAAAAUACACAUUUUCUAUCUAAACUGCUUGAGCAAGCACAUAGAAAAUGUCAAUGGUUUUUACACAUUUCAUCGAAAUAGGGUUUGCUACAUUUUUGCUCAUACAUACAGUUAAAUAUUUUGGUACUUUCAGCCUACUAUAUAGAGUGCCUUGAUUGAAAACUAUUUUUUAUGCAAGCAUAAAUGAACGCUCUGUGGCAAUGGUAGCUGAUCUGGUUUCAACCAGACAGACAAUGCAAAGGAGUGUUAAAUAGUGACACUGUUCCUGUUUUGUUUUUUUACAAUUUGUAAAAAUAGUACGAUGGUAAGUAAGGAAGUAAUUUAUGUGCGGUGUUUCUUCAAACACUGUUUCAGGUCUUUAACUGCAACACGUAUUCCAUUAAUAUAUUCAAAUAAAAUGAGCGCUAGCCUGCUGCCACAGCUGUCAAACUGUAUAUACAUUUGAGGUGGAUUGAAAUAAAGAAAUGCACAAUGAUAA